AUGCUCAAACGCUUCAGGGAGAGAAUUACAUCCUCACCACUGCUGAAGAGUGAAUCAGAGCUGACCUUGCAGAGUCCUCCUGGUUGGGACACACCUGUCUCUGAAACCAUGGAAGCCAAGGCCAAAUCUGGGGCUCCUGCAGUGCCCAAAGCGGCAUCUAAGGCUGAGAAGAAAGAAGCCCCCAAGAAGGCCCCGGAACCUGCCCCAGCCACGCCUGAACCAGAGGUUGCCCCUCCGCAGGACGGAGCAGCAGAUGCAGAGGCUGCGGGAGAAGCCCCUGCCACAGACUCUUUUGAACAGCUCAAACCAUAUCUUCUCGGUGGGGCCAUCAUUGCAGCAGGAGCCAUCUUACUCAGUGAUGAGAAAGCGUGCAUUUUGGAGCCGCAAACGCCUCGAUUUGGAAUAAUAUUGAAAGCAUACAUAAGAGCGACUGAGACUGUUGUCACCGACGCUGACGGAACCAUCACCAUGAUUAUCCCAAUCCGUUGCUUCACCUGUGGGAAGAUCGUUGGUAACAAGUGGGAGGCAUAUCUCGGUCUUCUUCAAGCAGAGUACACUGAGGGUGAUGCGCUUGAUGCCCUGGGCUUGAAGAGAUACUGCUGUCGAAGGAUGCUUCUAUCUCACGUGGAUCUCAUUGAGAAGUUAUUGAAUUAUGCUCCGCUAGAAAAAUAA